AUGCAGGUUCUGUCCGAGACAGGCCGAACGAUGCGCGGGGGCACCGUGCGGCCACCGCUUGCGCAGCUGGAGACCAUCCUGCACGAGCUGUCGCGCUGCCAAGAGCGCAAGAGCAAGCAGAGCACCGAGAGCGCGUCCGCGAACGCGAGGCAGAAGCUUCUGAACCAGCAGCUGAAGCAGGCGCAAGAGGAGCUGGCAGCUGCACAGGCGAGCAAGGCCAAGCUAUGUGAGGAGAUCGGGGCGCUGAAGCAGACCAAGGAGCACCAGGCCAAGCAGCUGGACAAGUACAGGCUCGACUUACAGGCUUCUCGCGAGUCGCAGAAGGUGAUGACGAAGAAGAUGGAGGCGCUGCAAGAGUCGACAUGGACGACGAAGCAGCAGUACAUCCGAUCUCUCGCCUCCCGCAUCAAGACAAGUGCUCUCGUUCUCCAGCAGCUGAACGGGACGAUCGGAACGGCGAUUAGUAUUCGGCUUGCUGAAGAUGUCAAUGGAUGCGAGCACCUUAAACCAAACAAGCGCAAACGGACCCAAGGAGAACGAGAGCAAGCCCCGAGUGAAAACAACAGCAAGCACACCGUGCCUUCAACGAUGGACCGCCCUGAGCCUCCGACUAGCAAGACCUGCGACACCAAUCAAUGCGAGCACCAAGCGGAAGAUCAAACUCAGGAUAAACGAACCAUCAAGGAGCUGCAGAUGCAGAUUGCGAACCUCAAGUCGGAAUAUUCGACGCUGAGCGCUUCUGUGCUGUAA